AUGGGUCAACAACCCUUGACUCCACAAGCAGUUGUAUCGGGCUACACGGGUAGCAGUCCCGCUGCCUACAGAUUAGCUAAGGGAUGGCACGAGCAGCUCGACAUCACCAAGGCUUACUUGAAUAAGGCCGCUAAUAAGAUGAAGAAGUGGGCCGACAAAAACAGGCGCCCAUUGGAGUUUCAAGAAGGCGACCUAGUCAUGGUGAAGCUCUUGCCGCACCAAUUCAAAGUCUUCCGCAAGGUGCAUAAGGGGCUAGUGCGGAAGUAUGAAGGGCCAUUCCCGAUCAUUAGGAAGGUCGGGAAAGUUUCCUAUAAUCUUGAGCUACCUCCCAAGCUGAAAAUACAUCCGGUGUUCCAUGUUAGCAUGUUGAAGCCUUACCAUGCCGAUCUCGAGGAUCAGACCAGGGGAAAAUCACAACGGGCACCUACGGCCGUGGUAGCAUCGUUUGAAAGGGACAUUGAGAGCAUCGAGACAAAGAGAGUCAUAAGGCGUCGAGGUGUGCCAAGCUACAAUGAAUACUUUCUAUCUAAUGCAGGACUGAGGGCAGAAUACUGGUCUAGCAGUAACCUACAGCUUAAAGAACCAGAACUUACUGUUGGUCCUGAAGGUUGUGCUGCAUUUCUACCAGAUGAUGCCCAAAUAGAUGUGCAUAGUGCAGUUGCUCUAAUUGAAAAGGACAACAUACACUUCAUACCACAUAAUAGAUAUGCCGAGUUUUAUAAUGAUCCAGCUGUAUGUUUGAUGAGAUAUAGCAAGGAUGGAAAGGUUGAUGCUGUUAAGACUAAUAACAAUAAAAUUUUACAUGCCAAGGAAGCUGUUGUUAUUGCAGCUGGUUCUUGGACUGGAUCAUUGAUGCACAAUUUAGCUAGAGAUCUUGAUGUCACGAUUAACGUUCCAGUACAGCCUAGGAAGGGUUAUCUACUUGUUUUUGAGAAUAUUAAGUCUAAUCUUAGACUCAAUCAUGCAACUAUGGAAGCUGGCUAUGUUAAUUAUCAAAGAACAUCAACUGAAAAUAGCAGCAAAUCAACUGAUAUUUCAAUGACAGCAACGAUUGAUGCAAAGGGAAAUCUUCUUGUCGGGAGUAACAGACAGUUUGUUGGAUUUAAUGGAGACCUGGACAUGCAUAUUGUUGAGCAGAUAUGGAAGCGCACUCAAGAGUUUUUCCCUGCUUUGAGAAACAUCUCCCUUGAAAGUUUAAGUCAAGAAAUGAAAGUUAGAACAGGGUUUCGCCCUUACAUGCCUGAUGGAAAGCCGGUCAUUGGGCCUAUUCCUUCCAUGCCGAAUGUAUACCUUGCAACCGGACAUGAAGGUGGAGGAAUCAGCAUGGCUCUUGGGACAGCUGAACUGAUUGCAGAUAUGGUAUUGGGAAAUUCCUUGAAACUUGAUCCAACGCCUUUUGCUGCGGAAGGUCGAUGCUGUUGA